AGAGUAGAUUUUAGAUUUCAGAUUGAGUACCAAGUAGCCAAAUCACAUGCAUUGUUGUUAAAAUCAAGUUAAUAAUUUGUUUAAAGAAAUGUCUUUAAAAACUGCACAACACCAAAACAAAUGCUAUUGCAAUAGCGUUGCAUCAACAUGUUGCAACAGCCAUGUAAAUUGUUUCAAGCGCAAAGCAACUGGCAGCGGAAGUAUCUUUAGUGUUGCAACAAUCAGUAAAUCUAAUAAACAGCAAUUCAAUACAAGUGUAGCAGUGAAGAGCAAACAAAAAACAGAUUUUGUAAAAAAUAAUCGUAAAGCAACUGCCGCCUUCGAAACCAAAAAAAAUCGGCGCGGAGCUGGUCACUCCCAUACGCACAGCGGUGCCGCCGCCACCGCCACCAAUUUCAGUCGACGCAACUCCGCCGCCACCACAGUGACCUUCUCUACACCUUGUGCCACACCAGCGGGAACGCACAGCUCCAGCGCCUUGACAUCCAAACAAAUAACACCGUCACCUUCACCAACAACCAUUCUAAAAGCGACACCUGCAACCAUGACAACACUGGACGAUGAUUUUUGUGCGCUGAGCGUCUCAACGAAAAGUGAGCGCGGCAGCGAUUAUGACAGCGCCCUCAAACAAGAAUACACCGAGCGACGACGUUACUAUGAAAGCGCAAAACAACUAAUGAAGUUGAUGUCCUCACAAAGUGACAACCUUUCGGCGCUAAACAUAAUGAGCGGCGGAGUUGAUGGUGUUGGCGCCAGCCCAAGCGCGUUCGAGACGGCAGUGGAUACGGAACGUUUGCGCACAUUGCAACAAUUUCGUCUACAAAACGCUAACGAAUGCUUUAGUGUACAUCGACAGCUGGAUUUAAAAUUGCCGGUGCGGCAAAAGGAGUUGGAACAGGGCGCUUCUGCCCAACAUACGCGCCAUUUGUGGUGUGACAAGCCUACACAACUUGCAGCUGUGAAACGAGAGAGCAGUGCCCCGAUUGCGGGAGGCGCGAAGAAGUUGCAAAGUACUCCGCUUACACCGCAUACAGUGCGUCAAAAAUUAAUGCGACUACGCUUGGAAGCGGAGGAGAUUGGGCGAAUGAAGCCUGGUCGGAAGUUCUAUGGUGUGAAGGAUAGCUGUGCAUUGCGAUAUCAAGAAACGUACUGAUAUAUGUACGUAAAAAUAAUACUAAUGAUAGCAAUAAGAAUAAUAAUAAUAAUAAUAAUAUAGUAAGUAAUAGACGUCCAAAGAUGAAUUACUUAGAUGUGAGAGAUUAGCGAUAUUCAAAUCAAAACCUGUAAAGGGUGUGCUUCCUUUCCAAAACUGCUAUAAAACACACACCGUAACGCACAUAUCAACUUCCUAUUCAUUGUGGAAUACAACUUCACUCAAAUAACUGCCUCGCAGUAGAAUAUCGUGUAAGCUAAAAUUUUCAAAACCUAUUAGCGCUCUUCAGCCUCACGAAUAGUUCGGCAAUAUUCGUUUUAAGGGUACCAACCAUUCCUGGAUUAACCGCAUAACAUCGACUUUUAGUGAAAAAACACAAAAAGUCUGAUAGGAGCUCCGAGGCGACGAUGGCUGUUAAUAAGAUAACCGAAGGAAACUAAAAGUGAGCCAAAGAUCGAAUGCUGGGCUUUUCGUAUACGUGAACGAAACAUAGAUUUUUCGCAACAUAUCAGAGUCCAAGAAAUACUACAAUUGCGAUUGGGAACUUGUCACAAUUUGGCUCUUUUCGAGAACGGUUUUGCUCCAACUUUUUAGAAGGUCACAUUAAGUGAACAAUUUUUUUUUUAUUCAAAUUUGGUAUUUACAGUCGCUGGUGUCCGCGACCUCGCGGUCUGUGUGAAAAG